AUGGCAACCGAGCCUGUACUUACCCUUGAGCCGCGAGUGAAGGACAGUAGAGGCUUCUGGAAGCAAAAGCGGCUCGAGAGGAAGCCACUGGUCGCAGUGAGCGCGGUCGAGAUCAACCAGAAAGAAUCAUCGAGUGUUGUUGAGACGGUACAGGACCGACAGAGCGAAACACUUGCCGUCCAGAGUCCAGCACAGAAGCCCGCAUCCCAGUUAGAUGAGGAACAAUACUCUAGCGAGGAGCAUAUCAUGAGGCAGAAUGCCUUAAUCAUCACACCCAAUCGAUCAUAUCAACUCAUUACCGACUUCCCAGUAUCGCGAAAGCUUGCACCGGGGGAAGUCAUGAUCCGAAACAAAGCGGCAGGCCUCAACCACAUCGACUGGAAGAGCGUCGAGUACAACUUCUGCCUCCCGGAGCUGCCCUGGGUCACUGGGCGUGAAAUGGCAGGUGUGGUCGAGCAUGUCGGGCCAGGAGUGACGAGACUGAAGAAGGGUGAUCAUGUUUGGACCAGCACAUAUUACCGGGAUCGAAGGGCAGGCUGUUUUCAAGAUCUUGUGGUAGUACCGGAGCACACGGUGUUCUCCAUCCCCAUCAACCUGGAUUUCCAUACUGCCGCCAUCCUGGGCGUGGCUGGCCUCACGGCAGCAAUGACACUGUGGAAGUGGCUGCGAAUCCCAAUGCAUACCGAUUCACAGGAUCAACAGCAAGAGCCAGAGCGAGAAGUCAUGCUGGUCUGGGGCGGCUCAACGGCGACAGGCCAGUUCGCCAUCCAGCUGGCAGAGAGAGCGGGCAUCGAGGUUAUUGCUGUCUGCUCGGAGGCGACCACACAGCUAGUAACCUCGCUUGGUGCCACACACGUGGUGGCAUAUACAAACAAAACAGAUCCUCAGAUCAUCGAUGAAAUCGUGAGCCUGGCACGAGGACGACUGACCAAGGCCAUUGAUCUCGUGGGGGCCACGACGGCGAAGCUGGUGUUGCAAGUGAUUACAGCUUGCAGUGACACAGAGAUCGAUUUUGCACCGGUUGCCUACAUGUCGAGUAAGGAGGUGGUGCCACCGAACGCCAGAGUCCACAUCGUGGAGAUGAAGCAGUUUGUGAUGGACAGCAGCUGUGGGAUUUACGGAGAGCGACUGAAUCAACUGAUCGAGGAUGGAGCCAUCAAGAUUCCGACCGUCAGUGUGCUAAAAGGAGGCUUGAGUGCCGUAGAGGACGGGUUACGACUCGUGAAGGAAGGGAAUUUGGCAGGGAGGAAGCUCGUUGUUUCCCUGUGUCACUAA